AUGUCUGGAUUCGUAGAGACUCUUGUUGCGUCGAAAGUCCAUCCUUUGACAAAGGCCGAAAAGGAGGAAGAAGAGGAAAUUAGGGGAGAGCAAAAGAAGGCAAGUAAGGAUGGGGCGGAAAUUAUAAUUCGCCAAAGCAAAGGGACCAAGAUGCAAGAAGACCACCAUGAUGAAGAUGAUGAUGAUAUCAAGUUGACCAAGACCAAAAACUCGUCAAAUUGGUGUCCCCUCAUUGGCCCCAAAGGUCAACCACAUAAAGAUGUUAAGGGUGGAAAAAGUACACCAAAAUGGAAGCAGCGGGUCCCUGAAAGAUUAAACACAUCAGAUCUUGGAGGAGGGAGAAACGAGGCUCGUGUUCAAAUAGAGAGGCUAUCGAUCGUCUGCCCGGGCAGGCCCGAAAUCGUAUUGUCACACCCUUUCAUCUCUAGUCCAAAGGCUUGCCUUUUCACGCUAAAGGAGGGAACUAAAUACCGACUGAAGUUCACCUUUGUCGUCUCCAACAAUGUCGUCUCGGGUCUCAAAUACGAGCACACUCUGUGGAAGGCCGGCAUACGAAUUAAUCGGUCUAUAGUUAAUCUCGGAACAUUUAGUCCUCAAGAAAAGCCUCAUGCAAUUGAGCUGGAGGAAGAAACUCUGCCUUCUGGUAUUUUGAUCAGGGGAUUGUACUCUGCAAGAGCUAAAGUAAUAGAUGAUGAAGGAACAUGCUACAUGGAUAUUCAUUACCACUUUGAUAUUCAAAAAAGUUGGCCCUUCAACACCUAG